AUGGCUAUCAAGGACUCUUUCCUCGCCAACGGGACGACUCAUGUCGUCCAAAGUACGCUAAACUACUAUCUUGAUCCCUCAAAAGGUGGUGCCAAGGAGUUCUACCCCUCCACAGCUGGAGCCCUUCGCAGGAAACACGACCCGCACCCCGUCCAGAUCGCAGAUAUAGGAGGCUUCGAGAAAGAAUUCAAUCUUGACAAGCAGGGUUUCGCGAUCUUGCAGCACGAGACUAAAGAGAAGCAAUUCACUGACGAUGAGGAAGUGAAGGAGCGUCUCUUUUCCGAAGUCGCCGAGCUCUUGAAGGGAGUGACUGGCGCCACCCAAGUGCGUCCAUUCUCCCACCUAGUCCGUCGGGAUGGAUGGGAAGACGCUGAACGUGCCUGGGAGGGGAAGGAGGACCAUGAAGUCAUUCGCAAAAGGGUUCCGGUACGUUUUGCUCAUGUUGAUCACUCCUACGUCGGCGCCGAGCAGAUCCUCCGUGACAACUUGUUGGAUGAAGAGGAACGCGAGCGGCUCAACAAGACGAGGUGGGCAAUCAUCAAUGCCUGGCGCCCCAUUCGCGAGGUAACACGCGACCCCCUAGCUGUCUGCGAUGCACGUACAGUUGAAGACUCGGACCUCGUCGGUGUGAUAGCGCAUACGCCACCACCAGAGAGCGGCUCGGUCGAAGGGGUCUCGAAGGGGAACAACUUCGAGACCUGGCAUGUCAAGGCGAAUCCGGCCCACCGCUGGUACUACAAGAGCCACAUGACACCGCAGGACGUGCUGCUGCUCAAGAUAUUUGAUUCGAAGAAGGAUGGCCGCGCCAGGAGGGUACCGCACACAUCCUUCUACUCGGAAGAAGAUUACGGGGAUCCGAGAACCAGCGUCGAGAUCCGGUGCUUGGUGUUUUGGGAGAAUGAGAGUCGCGAGUAA